AUGGCCAUUAAAGUUUUUAUUUUUCUUUUGGGAUUAACUGCAAUAAGUGCGAAGCCAGUCUUAAAACAAGAAAAUCGGUCAGAAAUAGAGAUUCUUCUAAGUAAAGGACUCAUCGGGUUCGUUCCUGUGGUGAUACCGUUGGAAGAGAUCACUUCUAUACCUGAUGGACCUGAACACAACAUUCAGAAAAGAUCUGCUUUGAGAGGUGACAAUCCUAAUAACGAUCUUUUGGCGGAUUUUGAAGGCGCAAACUACGAAAAUUCGCUUACAGGCUUGGAUAGAAGAAUAAAAACACUACCCUCAUGGGUCGGU